AUGGAGAGACGUGUCAAAAUAUGGGCGGUCGGAUCCCUUGCCGGUGUCUGCGGCAUGACAAGCUCGGUUCUCAACGUCGCCUUCGCAUCGAAUGUGACAAACGUUGCAGUUCUUGCCGCCCCGCGAAUCUUACUCUUCAUCGCCUUGACCCUUGUCCUGGUCAACCUCGCCAGUAUAGCAUAUUUCUCUACCCUAUACGUCAAGAAUCUGAAUAAUCAUUCACCAGGCUCGAAGCCACAAACGUGGGGGCUUCUCACCGGAGGGGUAAUAUCGGCAGCAGCCAGCCUGAUCGUCUCUGGGGUCACGCUGGUCUGGCUGGUGAUAAGACGUGGCAGUCUCCCCAAGGACAUUUGGCAUACCGCUCCUCCAACAUUGCUGGGGAUCUGGUUUGCGCUCUGGGCGGUCUCUGUGGUUUUACAAAUGGUCCUAUAUGGUUUCCUGGGAUCAUGGACCCGGAGCAUUCUGAAGACACAAAGAGUAAGUCGAUUGGACUUGGAUUUCGGCAUCAGAGUACCGUCAACGUCCACCGCGAGGCGCCCCAGCACCCAGCACACGAACCCAUCGUUUGGGUCACAAGAGCUGACCCUUCGCUCCCCACCGAGGACUCCUGUCUCGAAACGAGGGUCGAUGACCGGGAGAUCAUCGUCUACCAGGGUGGGAACCGGAUCGUCCAAAACAAAACUGGUUCGACAUUCUAAUCACUCGUCAUUCGAGUGCAUGCCUUUCCCAGCCGGAGAAGCUACAGCGAUUGACAGCGUGUUUGAUCAAUGGGACACGUCGUCGGUUCACCAUGAGAUGCGGGCGGCCAUUCACCCAUCACCGCCCGUCACUCGGUCAGGGUUGGAAACUAUACCUGGGAGUCGGCCUGAGUCGCCGGCAAAUCCUUUGAACGGACCACUUUUUCCGGACUCUCCGGAUUCAAGAUCACCUCAUGCGGCAACAUCGGAUACCGCCACUGCAGCUGGCUGGAGUUCGUCCUUGCGGCAGCCCGUAUCAUCACCCCCGUCCACUCCACCCAACUUUUCUCGACCUACGUCGUCCUCAUAUAACAAACCGGCUCCGGCCAAAUCUGAGAAGUUGGAUGCUUCCAUGCAAGAGUUCAUCCCCCCCGUAUUCCGACCACACGGCCAUCGACCACCUCCUGUGGCGAUCGCCGGAACCAUGGCCACCGCGUCACCAUUCGCUGAUCCGUCCAUCACUCCCCGAACACUGUCCAGACUGCGAAGCAACACAGUCCCAGAGUCGAGUCCCCGGAUGGCCAUGCCAAGCAUUGAUAAAUCAGAGACGCAGAGCCUGGAAACCUCUCUUCCAGACAGCCCUACAUUGGGCAGCCCGUCCUUAGGGAGCCCGGGACCAUCAAUUGCGGACGAGACCGACCUGCCUCCCAUUCUGCCAGGGUUUGUGUUGUCAGCAGGAUCACGCAGCAGUUUGGUCGGCUACGGAAAACGAAAAAGCGUGAAGAAGGACCGACCCAAGUCGCAAUUAUCGGCGGGCAGUCGUCUGAGUGAGCUCAUGGGCUGA